GCACUGCUCCCAGACUCUACGACUCUGGACGACGCCGGCUUGCGCAUACUGACGCUGCAGCACCGUGCCCGCACCACCGUCAACCGUCGACGACCUGCUACAAGAAUCGCCGCGCACCGCCUGCCGCUGCUGCGCCUGCACUCUGACGCUCAUUGACCAGCGACCCGGGGCUGUGCAGUGCCAAUCCGCAGCCUACUUACGCCCACAUCAGCGCUCCACGCCCGCACCCGCCGCCUCUCCUCACCACCACCACACACACGCCCAUCAUGGAGCACCCCCGAGCAUCGUCGCGGGCGCCCGCCAGCGACGUCGACCGCCUGGCUGCCGAGAUGACUGAGAAAUUCCGCUCCGUGCUCAGCACCAAGCGCAUGAACGAGCUGUCGACCAACGUCACCCAUUCGCGCUCCGCAUCGCCCGCCCCCCGCGACUUUGGCACGCCGCAGCCGCCCGCACACACCGCUCCGCCGUCGUACUCGUCGCUCAAGAACAUCCCGCUCGUCGCCCAGCCGCCGAACCCCAGCGACCUGCGCUCGAUGCGCUUCCGCAACAUGCUGCACUCGCUGUCGCAGAUGCCCACGCGGUGGGAGAACCCCGGCCUGCUGGACGAGGCCCUGCGCGUCGUGCCGCUGCAGCAGAUCUACGCCGAGGCCGACGAGGAGAGCCAGAUCCUGCAGGCCGAGGCCGACAGUCUCGGCGCCGGCAAGAAGGCCGCCUGGGGCUACCAGGACUGCGUCGUCCGCGCCCUGCUGCGCUGGUUCAAGCGCUCGUUCUUCCAGUGGGUCAACAACCCGCCGUGCUCGCGGUGCUACUCGCCCACCGUGGCCGUCGGCCUCACGCCCCCGCUCCCUGACGAGCAGGCCCGUGGCGCCAACCAGGUCGAGGCCUACAAGUGCUCGCACGACGGGUGCCAGAACUACGAGCGCUUCCCCCGCUACAACGACGCCUUCGUCCUCCUGCAGACCCGUAAAGGCCGCUGCGGCGAGUGGGCCAACUGCUUCACCAUGCUCUGCCGCGCUGUCGGGUCGAGAGUCCGCUGGGUCUGGAACGCCGAGGACCACGUCUGGACCGAAGUCUACUCGGUGCACCGCAAGCGAUGGGUACACGUAGACGCCUGUGAAGAGGCCUGGGACAAGCCCCGGCUGUACACUGACGGCUGGGGCAAGAAGCUGUCUUACUGCAUCGCCUUCUCCGCCGAUGGUGCCAUGGACGUCACUCGCCGCUACGUGCGUGACCAGACUAAGCAUGCAGCUACCCGCAACCGCGCACCUGAGGCCGUCCUUCUCCACAUCAUGGACGAGAUCCGCGCUGUACGACGCAAGGACAUGUCCAAGCAGGACAAGUUCCGCCUGCAGGGUGAGGACCUCCGCGAAGCAAAGGAACUUCGCGGCUACGUCAUCUCUUCCAUUGCACACGACAUCUGCAGGCUCAAGCCACAGGACAUCAUCAAUGGCGUCGCAUCCCGCGACACCGAAUCCGACAAGGCAAUCGAGGGUCGUAUGAGCGGCAACCAGGCAUGGAUCCGCGCACGAAACGAGCAAGGACGAGGCCAGUCGAACCAACACGACCCUCGCAACCAGCGCCCACAUUGAAGGUCCUACCAACAAAGGUCACUCGCCAUCUUUUCUUCCACUACCAUCUUCGCCAGCCCUACCACCCUACGACGCAGCCGAGUCAGGUUUAGUGUGUAUAGCACUACCUGCUCUGGCAUGUAGGUCACGAGUGAGCUCUUGAUGGUCCAUUCACCUUGACCCCCGCGACGUUCGUUCACGAGCACCCGCCACCCUGUAACCAUAGAAUCCUGGAUUCAGCGAUUCAUUGAAUCUUU